UAUAUGAAUUGAACUACAUUGAUAAUCAAUCUAAUAUUGGAUUACAUUCAUACUUAUAUAUAACGCGUUAACAUAAUGUCAUUAAGAUUAAUUCCUGAUAAUAAACAAUCAUCACAAGUCAGUUCCACUGCAUUUGGUACUCCAGCAGAACAUGCUCCUGGAUUACAAGAUAUUUUAAAAACUCAAGAAGGUCCAUUAAACAUUGCUUCCAAAGUGAAUAAUCGUCAUCCAUUAGAAUCAAGAAUAACCAAUUGGGAACAAACUCAAUAUGAAACCAGACUUGAAACUUAUAGAAGAGUAUUUGGUGCCGGUGAACCAAUCAGAAGAACGAUGGAAUUACAAUUGAUUGAAGCUACUGAUUUUAAACCAAGUGUAUUGGGAGGAUCCGAUACUAUGCAUAAAGAUAUUCUUUUAAAUAAAGAUACCAGUGUUAAUUGGGAAGAUAUAUAUAAGGGAGAGUUUGAAAGUGGUAAUAAUGUCAAGGAUUUCCAUACUGAAUUAGAAAAUAAGGUUGGUAUUUAGGUAAAAGAUGUGAUAAUGAAAUAGAAAUAAACAGAUAUAAUUAUAGUGUAAAAUGAGAUAAUUGAUGAUUAAUGUAGAAAUGAGUGAGGGUUGGAAUUGAUUAUGAGGUAUAGUUACUGUUAACUACGAUAUCAUAUACAUUAUCAACCUAAUACCAGUAGUACCAAUGGGAAAUGAUUCAAUUUAUUUAGCAUUAUAAAAUUUUAAUCCACAAAACAAUUCGUGUCUCACAUUUUUCUGUUUCAACGAGACUAACUUUCUCCAUUGAGAAAUAAAAAAAAUUUUCAGUCUUUUUAACAUGGUAGAAUUG